CCGUGGGCGGUGCCAGAGGCUUGGAGGCCGGCGAGAAAGGCCCGGCUCCUGACGGCGUGGGGCCCGAGGUGGACGUCGCCGGUUACAUGAGCGACGGAGACCUGCUGGCGAAGAACGUGCGCUCGGACGACAUCACCAGCGGGUACCUAACAGAUGGCGGGCUGCACCUGUACUCACGGAACGUGGGCCGAGCUCCUGACCUGCCCUCCUCCAGAGAGGUCAUCCAGCGGGGUCACAAGGAGGGAGACACCGACAGUUGGGAUGACAGUAGUUCGGUCAGUAGUGGGCUCAGUGACACUCUAGACAACAUCAGCACGGAUGACCUGAACACCCCAGCCUACUCGAGCAUCACAGCUUCUCCACGCAAGAGCAAGGGGCCGCAGUCCCACGGCAAGCAUGUGGAGCGAGACGCCAGCAGCUGGGCCGGUGCCGAGGACCUGAAGAAGGUGGACGAGGAGCUGGACAGCAGCAGCAUGGACCCUUCCUCCAAGUGGAGGGCUUCCUCUUCCUCCUCCUCCUCUGUGCCCAGCCAGCCAGAGGACAGCGGGCAGAAGACGGCCCUGCCCGUGUCUCAGACGGGCUCCUGGAGACGGGGCAUGACCGCCCAAGUGGGUAUCACGCCACCCCGCACCAAAGGCACGUCGGGCAACCUCAAAACCCCUGGCAAAACCGACGACGCCAAGGCUUCGGAGAAGGGCAAGGCUUCGUCCAAGAGCGCGAGCAUCGAGCGCUCGCCAUCUGAUGCGGGCAAGAGCAGCGGCGACGAGGGAGGAAAGAAGCCACCCUCGGGCAUCGGACGCCCGCCCACCACGGGCUCCUUCGACAAGAAGAUACCCGGCGCCUCGGGCACCCUCAUCACAGCCAGCGGGGCCACCCUGACCAGUGGCUCGUCCACGCUGGGCAAGGUGCCCAAAUCGUCGGCCAUAGGCAAGGGAGCGGGCAUCGGCGGCGGUGGAGGCGGACGCAAGACGAGCCUGGACGGCUCGCAGCAUCAGGACGACGGCGUGCUGCUGGGCUGCAGCAGCUCCAAGGUGCCCCUGCAGUACCGCUCGCUUCCGCGGCCGGCCAAGUCGUCCAGCGGGGCCGGCGGCGGCGGGGUAGUGGCCGCGCGCGGGAGUGGACAUCGCUCCAGCUCCAGCAGCAUCGACUCCAACGUCAGCGGCAAGUCAGCCGCCGCGGGGGCCACCGGCAACGGCACCGUCCCCGGGGCCAAGCGGCGCGACGGCGCCAGCAAAGUGGGCUCAGGCCGCUCCAGCCCGGUCACUGUCAACCAGACAGACAAGGAGAAGGUGGCCGUCUCCGACCAGGAGGGCGGAGCUCUCUGCACCUCGCCCAAGUCCAGCCCCACCUCCGGCGGCCAGUCGGGACUCCGCCAGCCCGGCUCCAAGUACCCCGACAUCGCUUCUCCCACCUUCCGCCGAUUGUUUGGUGCCAAAGCCAGCAGUAAGCCUAGCUCACCUGGCACCCCUGACUCGGGCAAGUGCCUGUCGGCUCUGAGCAGCCCGCACGGCACGCUUGCACGACAGACCAGCCUGGACUCGCCCUCCUCGGGCACGGGCAGCCUGGGCAGCGCCGGCGGGCAGAGCGGCGGCAGCAGCCCGCUGUAUGGCAAGGUGCCCGAGCUGGGCACGGACUCUCCGGCGUCUAGCCCGGCGUCGGGGCUGUCGCUGCCGUCCAACGCGCGGCCGUGGCCCACCGCCACCCUCAGCAGCUCGUCGGCGGGCAGCAAGGACACGCUGAGCUGCCAGAGCAUGACCAGCCUGCACACCAGCUCCGAGUCCAUCGACCUGCCACUGGCCACCACCACGGCCAAGGUCACGCGCACGGGCAGCGUCAAGUCCACUCUGUCCGAAGGCAUGCCCCUUGACAGAAACACUCUUCCUAAAAAGGGAUUAAGGUAUCCGCCCUCCUCCAGGCAGACGUCCAAUGAGGAGGGGAAGGAGUGGCUACGCUCCCACUCUACUGGAGGGCUGCAGGACACAGGCAGCCAAUCACCUCUUUCUCCACCGGAUGCCUCCUGCAACAAUGCUGGCAAAUACCACUAUUCAAACCUGCUGAGCCCUACCAGUAUGUCCCAGUACAACCUCCCUGGACCCAGUAUGAGCCGGUCCAAUAGCAUCCCCACGCAGGACUCGUUUGACCUGUACGUGGAAGGCCACACGCUGGGGGGCAGCGCUACGUCUCUGGAGGACAGACCCAGGGGCAUCAGUCGCUCCGGAUCCUUCCGUGACAGCACCGACGAAGUCCAUGGCUCUUCACUGUCCCUGGUGUCUAGCACCUCUUCGCUCUACUCAGCGGUGCUAUCUUUUCUGGACAAGACGGAGGAGAAGGCCCAUUCAGAGGGUCAAACUGUCCAAAAUACCACGCAAAUUCGGAAACUGCGUCGGGAACUGGAUGCCUCCCAAGAAAAGGUUGCGGCUCUGACUUCCCAGCUUUCAGCCAAUGCUCACCUGGUGGCUGCCUUCGAGAAGAGUCUGGCGAACAUGACCUGUCGGCUGCAGAGCCUGACCAUGACGGCGGAACAGAAGGAGUCGGAGCUGGCUGAGCUGAGGGAGACCAUUGAGGCCCUUAAAGCCCAGAACACAGACGCCCAGACGGCCAUCCAGGUGGCCCUCAAUGGCCCCGACCACAUCAGCAGAGGGACUGACCAGCGAAUCAGGCGGCAGCACUCGUCCGACAGCAUGUCCAGCAUCAACAGCGCGGCCAGCCACUCCAGCAUGGGCAGUUCCAAGGAUGCCGAGGACAAGAAGAAGAAGAAGAAGAGCUGGUUGCGGAGCUCCUUCAAGCAGGCGUUCAGCAAGAAGAAGACCAGCAAGAUGCAGUCGCAAGACGACAUCGAGGAGAUGACGGACUCCUCCCUGCCAUCUUCUCCCAAGCUUCAGCACGCCAACAGACAGGGCAGCAUACAGGCGCUCCGGGCAUCCCCGUCCACCACAGAGCUGUGCGAGUGCACAGAGGCGGAGGCCGAGAUCAUCCUGCAGCUGAAGAACGAGCUGAGGGAGAAGGAGCUCAAGCUGACCGACAUCCGCCUGGAGGCCCUCAGCUCCGCACACCACCUGGACCAGAUCCGGGAGGCCAUGAACCGCAUGCAGAACGAAAUUGAGCUUCUCAAGGCAGAGAAUGACCGCCUGAAGUCCAGCGGGAACUCCACCCCGCAGGCUACCCCAGCCAAGACGGCCCGGCCCCCCUCCGAGACAUCCAGCACUUCAUCCUCAUCCUCGCGCCAGUCCCUGGGCCUCUCCCUCAACAACCUCAACAUCACAGACACCAUCAUGUCUGAUAUUCUGUUGGAUGACGGCUAUGAAGGGAACCUUCGCAAAGAGGGCCGAAGUGUCAGAAUAGUGGUGACAAUCCACAGUGGCUCCAACAAGACGAAGGGCUCUCAGAGUCAGGAGUACCUCAUUGGUUCCAUCGGCGUGAGCGGGAAGACUAAAUGGGAUGUGCUCGAUGGUGUGAUACGACGCCUGUUCAAGGAGUAUGUGUUCCGCGUGGACCCCGCGACCAGCCUGGGACUGACCUCAGAGAGCAUCAUGUGCUACCGGAUGGGGGACGUGGUGCGAGGCCAGGCCUCAGAGGUGCCCGAGCUGCUCCCCUGCGGAUACCUGGUGGGCGACAACAACGUCAUCACCGUCAACCUCAAAGGCAUGAAGGAGAACAGCAUCGAUGGGUUGGUGUUUGACACGCUCAUCCCCAAGCCUAUCAUCCAGCGCUACCUGAACCUGCUGAUGGAGCACCGGCGCAUCAUCCUGUCCGGCCCCAGCGGCACCGGCAAGUCCUUCCUGGCCAGCAAGUUGGCUGAGUUCAUCGUCACGCAGUCAGGCAUGGAGGUGUCUGAGACCACCGUGGCCAGUUUCAACGUGGACCAGAAGUCCAGCAAGGACUUGAGGCAGUACCUGUGCACGCUGGCAGAGCAGUGCAACUUGGAGGAGACGGACAUGGAACUGCCCACCGUGGUCAUCCUGGACAACCUGCACCACAUCGGCUCCCUCAGCGACAUCUUCAACGGCUUCCUCAACUGCAAGUACCACACAUGCCCCUAUGUUAUUGGAACCAUGAAUCAGGGUGUGUCUUCGUCUCCCAAUCUGGAACUUCAUCACAACUUUAGGUGGGUGCUGUGUGCCAACCACACUGAGCCGGUGAAAGGCUUUCUGGGCCGCUUCCUGAGGAGGAAGCUCAUCGAGACUGAGAUCGGCAAGAACAUGCGCAGCAAUGACCUCAUCAAGAUCAUCGACUGGAUUCCCAAGACCUGGCAUCACCUAAACAGCUUCCUUGAAGCACACAGCUCCUCUGAUGUCACCAUCGGCCCACGUCUGUUCCUGUCCUGCCCAAUGGAUGUGGACGGCUCGCGGGUGUGGUUCACUGACCUGUGGAACUACUCCCUGGUGCCCUACCUGCUGGAGGCUGUAAGGGAGGGACUCCAGCUGUACGGGAAGCGGGCGGCGUGGGAGGACCCGACCAAGUGGGUGAACGACACGUAUCCCUGGAGCUCGGCGUCCAUGCAGCACGACUGCCAGUCCCUGUUGCAGCUGCGUCCAGAGGACGUGGGCUACGAUGGCUACACCUCCUCCAAGGAGGGCACGUCCUCCAAGCAGGUCUCCCAGAGCGACACCGAGGGGGACCCCCUGAUGAACAUGCUCAUGAGACUGCAGGAGGCCGCCAACUACUCGAGCGCACAGAGCUGUGACAGUGACAGCGCCAGUCACCAUGACGACCUCCUGGACUCAUCGCUGGAGUCGGCGCUGUAGACUACUGGGAAGCCCACAGGAGAUGAGGACGCGUCCAGUCAGAGAGAGAGAGAGACGACCGAGGGAGAGGGAGAGAGAGCGAGAACUGGGCAGCUGCCCCUGGGAUGCCUCAGAGCUGAGCUAGACUGACCUGCACUCUGGCCCAAACCACCCUAACCCAACAUUUCUGUUAGCUGUCCCCCCACGCCAGGGAAGAAAGCUCUGAUUGUAUGUGUUGAGCGUGUGUGUGAGACAGUGUGUGUGUGUGUGUGUGUAUGAGGAGGGCGUUGUUGUGUCCACCAAUGACAUGUCGUCAGUUGUUUGUAUGGCAGGAGUGUUGAUCAGCUAAGUCUAAGGAUCACACACAGUUUCUCUUUCUUUUCCUCUGUGGCCUGAGCAUGACACACAUGCUGACACACACACACACACACACACACACACACACACACACACACACACACACACACACACACAAACACAUAUACACACACGUCCACGGCUGCUCCAAACCUCUGCAACAUCAGCCACUUAGAGGGUGAUUGCUUGGACCUGUGCCCCAGUAGUCGCGAGCUAGAGCUGAACAGGUGUUUUUUCCCUCCUGAGCUCCUGUGACUGCCGUGGUGGUCCAGCAGGCUUAUACUGUUUCACACUGAUGUUUACAGUGGGCCGAGUCUUUCUCCCCCCGCCACCAUCUCUGCCGAGAUCUUCACACACACUCCAACUCGGAUGCAUGUUCGCCGCCGCCGACACACACCACCUUCCCGACAAAAAACGUGAUUUACGAGGAGCCACGCAACACUGGCGCUGUGCUCAAACGUGUGGUUUACUUGCCGCACGCACAAGCAAGCAGCAUCGCCAAAGGAAGCACAAGAGGGACUGUGGUAGAACUACUACUGUGAAACAAGGGUCUUUUGAAACACAAACAACAACAGCAAACAAACAAAAACAACAAACAACAAUGAAAAAAAAAACAUGCCACUCAAUUCACUGCCAACCAAUGGCAUCGGGUGGGGGAGGGGUCAGAAGUCAUGAUCUGAGAAGACACUGUAAUGGCAAUUCAUUUUUUUGACCUAGUAAUGUGUGUCACAAUCUUGCCCCGGUUCAGAAUCGGAGGGGAUGUCCUCUCCACCUCACCCACCUCCACUUCCUGUUACCUUGCUUUUGACUGUGCAGUGAAAUACAGUUGGAUAUGGAAACCAUACGCAAAACGCAUAGCAUUGGUUCUCAAUGUGUAUGUUUGGUUAGUCAUUUAUGCACUUGAAUCACGCGUUUCACACUUUUUUGUGGUUCAUCGUCCUUGACCUCCUGAACAAGCAGCAAUUGUACCAACCGUCUGCUGCUCGAGCGGGUCAAGAAAGAGAAACAAAAAAAACGAGAGAAAGUAAGAAAUCCCUACUUUCACCUGAGGGACAGAACGAGAAGGGGACAAAGCUAAAACCGGUGCUUUCUCGCUGCCUUAAAUGUGCUCAGCUCGGAAUCAAAUUUGAAGCGCUCUUCUGACCUUGAGUCUCUCAAAUGCCAUCCAAAGAGGAUCUGAUGACACCUUGUAUGUAGUUGUCAAUGCUUUUUUUAAUAAGUAUUUUUUAUCUUGAGUUCAGGGUGGAGUCACAAAUAGUGUCUCUGAGUUUGUGAAAGGCCACGUUCAGUUUUAUUUUUCAUAUCGGAAGGCGAAAAACCUUUCAGUGAAUGUGUGCGUAUUGAACACACAGGUAGAGUAGACCACUUUGAGAGUUUGCCAUGAAGAGAUGUGAUAUUUUUUAUUUUGUCACCCAGUUGACCUGGGAAACACUUGAACCAACAUGAGCACAAUCCAACCUCGUGAUUGAGAUAGCCUGACAAGCAUGUUGUUUUCAGUUUGCUAUAUAUGUAAGUAGGAAAUUGACCUUUACUUCUACAUGCUAUGUAAGCAUGUGGAUCAAAAUAAUGAGAAAAAAAAAGCAUUUUAAUUUAAUUUAUCCUUUUUUAUUUUUCAAAAAAAAAAAAGUUAUGUGGGAUUAUAGUUUUUGCACAGUUUAUCGGGGGAGGGUAUUUGUAAAUAAAAGUCUUGCACAGUUAAUCCAAGAAACAUCCGCAAGGUUGAUGUUCUACUCUGCUUACUGAGAAUUAUUGUAUUUUGCAAACUGAGAAAAAAAAGAAGAAUCAUUAGAAAAGCAAACCAACACAUUGUCAGAAACUGUUGUAUGUCUUGUGAUGACUGGUUGUUUUGCCUUUACAAAGCUGCAACGUGUACAGAGACAAGUGUUUGUAGUGUCUCCAUAAACGUAUGGUAAACCUAUCGGAGCUCAAUAACAGAUAAAUGACUCACUGUUUUCAGAACUAAAACUAGUUUGCCAAGACACCUAAAGAAAAUCUAGUACUCUCAUGCAUCUUUACAAGUUUACCUUCAAAGUCCCUAUGGUACAAUCUCAGACAUACACAGAACAGUGACAUUGUUUCUUUUUUUACCCUUUAAAUGACAUGUCACGCUGUCACGUGUGUAGCUGGGUUCUGGGUUUUGUUGCCAUUUUCUUUGACAUUUUUGGAGGGUUCAUCUUGAACCUACUGCCGUUAAUCACUGAAAGAGGGAUUCUCAGCAAACAUUGGGUGCUAUUGACCAUCAAAACCAACCUCAGAGCAUUCAUUGCCGGUUACACAACCUCAGGACAAUCCUUCUCUUGGUGCUCAACGGGUAGGCCGCCAGAGCAAGCAGUUAAUGUCCUCAACAACCAGUGGUCUUGUUUGUCCCAUAGGCACAAUCUCCAAAUGUUUUUUGUUAUUGGAAUUUGGUCAUUAUUAGCGGAGCUUCACAAGUCUGUCUGCUAAACCGUUAUGCCAAAUAAAAUAUCCUCUCAAAUGCAAACAAGACUUUUAUAAUUGUGCUAUAUAAUGUCAAACAUCAUGUACCUCAGUCUUGACUGCCCAAUUGUCCAAAAAAAAAAAAAAAGUUUCACACCUAAACCUGUGAUGAUUUCCGUGGGUACUAAACAUUAUAUUCUAUUGACUUCCUUUUUUAUUGCAAGUACAUCUCGGUGAGAACAUAGCAUUUAGUACUAUGAAAAUAUUUUAUUUCCUUUGAUUUUAUUAUUUGGUGGAACAUUUGUCCUUAAAUGUUUUAUAUUUUGUACAUUUGUAAGUAACAUAUCAUGUAAAUAUAAAGAGACCACAAUUUAAAUCAUCUGGAGGAUUUUGUAGUCUUUGUAAAGCCCUAAUAAAUGGUAUUUGGUGUCAACUUAAAA